UCACGGGUCAGCCGUAGAGAUGGUGACUGGGCGUACAUGUUUGGAUAUAAAUCCUGCAGCUUCGGCAUCUCUCCCAAGAGCCUUGGUUGUCCCAUGUCCUGGGAAUCCACGUGCAAGAAGGACGCAGGCGUUUGGAGAACCUGAGCAGCAGUGCAGGAGUCGCUCUGCCGGACACCCCGGAUCUGAAACAGAAUCCAGACCCUUCAGUGAUUCCGACUGCGGGCUGCGACCUCACCUGAGGACUGAGCCAUUGAUGGGCAGGGUCAGGGCCUGGUUCCAGUACCCAGGACUGUGGGUCCCUGUGCUGGCUGUCCUGCUGGGAGCCGGCCAGGCACUCCCCAUCCACGACUCCAGCCCCCUCCUCCAAUUUGGGGGCCAAGUGAGGCAGUGGUACCUCUACACAGAGGAUGCCCAGGAGACAGAGGCCCACCUGGAGAUCAGGGCUGAUGGCUCCGUGGUUGGAUCUGCCCGCAGGAGUCCCGAAAGUCUCUUGGAGCUGAAAGCCCUAAAGCCAGGGGUAAUCCAAAUCUUGGGAGUCGAGACAUCCAGGUUCCUGUGCCAGGGGCCAGAUGGGAGACUGUACGGAUCGCUCCGCUUCGACCCCGAGGCCUGCAGCUUCCGGGAACUGCUCCUGGAGGACGGCUACAGCGUCUACCGGUCCGAGGCCCGAGGCCUGCCGCUCCGCCUGCCCAGCGGCUCCCCGACGACCACGACCAGGGACCUGCCUCCCUGGGGGCCCUCCCGCUUCCUGCCGCUGCCCGGCCUGCCCCCAGCGCCCCCGGAGCGGCCAGGGGGCCUGGCCCCGGCCCCGCCCGACGUCAGCUCCUCAGACCCCCUGAGCAUGGUGCGGCCCUCGCAGGGCCACAGCCCCAGCUACAUGUCCUGA